AACACAACAUAUUAGCUUUCUUCGCAAUGAAUACGCUCAAAAUCUCUAUUGGCUUUGCUUUAGUUGCUCUCGCAUCAGCCGGUGCUCAAAGUUAUGUGAAAAGAUCGGAAAGUAAUGAUGGAUAUGUGAUAAGUGCCGGUGAGGGCGAUCAUCAUGAUGAACAUAAUGAUUAUUAUCACCACCCAUCAUACAAGUUCGAAUAUGGAGUGCAUGAUCCACAUACUGGUGAUCACAAAAGUCAUUGGGAACAUCGUGAAGGCGAUCAUGUCACAGGAGAAUACAGUUUAGAUGAAGCUGAUGGCACAAAGCGCGUCGUUGAGUACCAUGCUGAUGGGAAGACGGGAUUCCAUGCAAAUGUUAAACGAAUUGGUCACGCACAUCACACUGGUUAUGAACAUGGAGGUUUCGAAUAAAAAUGAACAAAUCAAACAUUGUGAUAUUGAAUAACCAAAAAAAUUAAAGAAACUACGACUGCAAUAAAACAACGCACUUAUUUCAAAAGCUUUAAACAUAACUCUUUUCAUUAUCUUAUUGUAUCCAUCUCGACACGAUAUUGAAACUUGAAAUUUCAAAAGUGUAUCAAUGUCGCAGGAGGUAAUAAUUUAAUUGCAUUGAGAAACAUAAAUAUUUCAAUUGAUU